GAAAGCCAUGAACAUUUGAAAGACACAAGGGAUUAAAGUUUCCAGUGAUGAUCGGCCUGUGAGCAGUUCUCAAUGGCUCAGAGGAAGAGGCCAGGGACCAACAGCAGCAUGGCCACAGAGACUCACGCUUCACCUCUACGCUCCUGCCCAGCCCCAUACCCCGAACCUGUGCACCCUGAGGAGGAGUAUGAAGAGCGCCGGGACCCUGAGGUGUCCCAACACUCCUAUCACAACCAAGAGGAGGCAGAUUUGACAGACAGCCGGCCAGCCACGCCCACCACUCCAGACCACGCCCACAGAGACUACCACAGCCACCCGGACAGUCUGGAUGGAGACUCUAGCUCAGACUAUGUCAACAAUACUUCUGAUGAAGAAGAGGAUGAUUUCGACGAAGGACUACCGGAGGAGGAUGAAGGUGUUACAUAUUAUAUCCGCUAUUGUCCUGAGGAUGACAGCUACCUGGAGGGAAUGAACUGUAAUGAGCCUGAGUACGGACACCCGGACACUCACAUGAAGCCACCUCCGGACACGGAUGAGUGCCAGGAAGCUGUUGAGGAAUGGGUGGAGGGAGAGGACAAUGCACAUGGUGAUGAUGGAGAAGUGCGUUGCGAAGUACUCGAGCAGGACUCUGACCAGCAGCUGUACGACGGCAGACCCGAACCUGUCCUCGAUCACCACCAACACUACCCGGAUCCCCACCAGGAACAGAUUCCACCUCCUGAUGAAGAUCAAGAAGUGCAGGAUGUUGAAGGAAGUGAGGGCUACUGUCCUGAUCAGGAAGAAGAACCGCAGGUGGGGCAAGACAGAGGUGGUUACGCAGGAGACUACUAUGCCACGGAGGACAAUGGAAACUCUGUGCGUGUGUCACCGUACAGGGGACAUAAGGGCACAGACGGAGAAACCGGAGAGGAGGCAGAGGAGGAUAUUGAUCAGAUAGUAGCUGAGAUUAAGAUGAGCAUGAGUAUGGGCAGUCUUAGCAGCGGCACUGAUCAGAGUCCAGAGGAACUGACGCCUGAUCCAGCACCGAAUGGCUACCAGCCAGAGACACACUCCAAACCCGAGCCCGCCCCCGCCCCUGCCCCUGCCCCAUCCCCUGCCCCAUACCCUCAGCCUCACCGUCAUGACGGCAGACCCAAAUCCCUCAACAUUCCCCCUGCCAGACACAAUCCUGAGCUCCAGAGGAACUUUAAGGUACGACCUCACACACCAGAGGAGAGACAGAGAUGGACGCAGGACCACGUGAGAGAGCAGGUGUCUAACAGUGCAGAACAGCCAAGGAAGCAGCAGCGGUCUGAUCUCAAUAGACCACUGGAGAACAACAAUGUCCCGGAGCCAACAAAGAAGACGGCCUCAUUUCCCAGCUUCGUGGAUGUGCCGGGCCCCUGUGAGCCUGAGGACCUCAUUGAUGGGAUUAUCUUCGCCGCCAACUACCUCGGCUCCACUCAGCUCCUUUCGGAGAGAAAUCCAUCCAAAAACAUCAGGAUGAUGCAAGCCCAGGAGGCAGUGAGCAGGGUCAAGAGGGUACAGAAGGCAGCCAAAAUCAAGAAAAAGGCGCAGAGUCCAGAGGGAGACGCUCAGACAUUGACGGAGGUGGAUCUUUUCAUCUCAACUCAAAGGAUCAAAGUACUCAAUGCAGACACCCAGGAGACCAUGAUGGAUAACGCUUUGCGUACCAUCUCAUACAUUGCUGACAUCGGGAACAUUGUGGUUCUAAUGGCAAGACGCCGCAUGCCACGCACCGCCUCACAGGACUGCAUCGAGACGACCCCUGGAGCCCCAGAGGCCAAGAAGCAGUACAAAAUGAUAUGCCACGUAUUUGAGUCCGAGGAUGCCCAGCUCAUAGCACAGUCCAUUGGUCAGGCAUUCAGCGUGGCCUACCAGGAAUUCCUCAGAUCCAAUGGGAUCAACCCAGAGGACCUGAGCCAGAAAGAAUACAGCGACAUCAUCAACACACAGGAGAUGUACAAUGAUGACCUCAUCCACUUCUCAAACUCUGACAACUGCAAAGAGUUGCAGCUGGAGAAGCAGAAGGGGGAGAUUCUGGGCAUAGUUAUUGUGGAGUCUGGCUGGGGCUCUAUUCUGCCCACCGUCAUCCUGGCCAACAUGAUGAAUGGAGGCCCUGCUGCCCGUUCUGGGAAGCUCAGCAUCGGUGACCAGAUCAUGUCAAUCAACAACACCAGUCUGGUGGGGUUGCCUCUCGCCACCUGUCAGGGAAUCGUCAAGGGCCUGAAAAAUCAGGUGCAGGUGAAGCUAAACAUCGUGAGCUGCCCUCCUGUAACCACAGUUCUCAUUAAAAGACCAGACCUCAAGUACCAGCUGGGUUUUAGUGUGCAGAAUGGCAUUAUCUGUAGUCUAAUGCGAGGAGGGAUUGCAGAGAGAGGAGGUGUCCGGGUUGGUCAUCGUAUUAUUGAGAUAAACGGCCAAAGUGUUGUGGCCACGGCACAUGAGAAAAUCGUCCAAGCUCUCUCCAAUUCUGUUGGCGAGAUCCACAUGAAGACUAUGCCAGCUGCCAUGUUUAGACUCUUAACUGGUCAGGAGACUCCUAUGUAUAUAUGAUCUGAGGUGGACUUCAGCUGAGAUACACAACUCUGGGCACUAGGAAAUGUCUGAAUGCAGCAGUCACCUUUCUCCAUUUAUCUUCACCAAAAACAACUCCCAUCACUCUUACUGUCCGCUAACAUUGAUAUGGUGUGUCGUUUCUGCAUAGUGUGGAUUCUUUUUGAUUUGUCAUGUUUGCUCUUGGGUGUGUGCAUAGUCAGAUGAAGAUGAAGAUGGAGUAGAUGAAUCUCAAGUCCUUUCUUCGUGACAUAAGGGGUGCUUUGAUUUUGAUGCUACUCUUUAAUUUAUUUACAAUUAUGUACGUGUGGACAUUGUUGGAGAGAUGCAAGUUUGUUUUGUAAAUAUGUAAUCGUUAUAUCAAUAUCAGAAAGGAAUGGAAAAGCCAGAGUGAGAAGUCCAGACAGGAGAAGCCCAAAACAUCAUGCCUAGUGACCAUUCCAGAAUGAUUGUUUCCGUUAUAAUGACAUAAUAUAUUGGAUAUUAUACUUGAUCCAGUUGUCAUUUAAUUUUACACUUUUUUUUUUCAAAUCAAAUGCACACUGAAUCAGUACAAGUCCCUUACAUAAAAAUAACUGAACUUGUAGCAAAUGUGGCAUGACACUUUUUUUUUUUAAUAUGCUCAAUAAGUACAUAAUACAUAAUCCAGACUCAUAGAACUUUAUGCCAGCCUUGUCAGUGGAGAAAUGUCAUCUAGUGGGCAUUAAAGAAUGAGCAAAUUUUGAGAAUAGUUUUUUACUUACAAGUGAGCGAAUCUUUUGUAAAAUACCAUAUGUAAACCAUUUCUGGACUUCUCCCAUGCUACAAUAAUCAAAACAUUCUCUUGCCAUGCUGUAAAUGAAGGUUGUUUCAAACUCAAAAACAUUGUAUGAAAUUUAAGAGUUUAUUUUUUAUGUGUGCUUUUUUUGUGUAUGCCCAGCUGCAACUCAUUUGAGUCAGUGCUGAAUGUAAUAGUGUUGUUAAUAGUGCGUCCACCUCCAUAAGCAGUAUUAGAAUGUCUGUACAAAAACGUUUACCUUGUUUAGUACUUGUGUCCAUGUAGGAAUCACUGUUAGUCUCAUUUUAUCUUUGUGAGGCUUUGGCCUUGGGAAAAUAAGAAGACACUGUGACCAAAAGCCUUACCGCUGCGUAAGAAAACGUUUGAAAACCGUAAUAAAAAAAGAGACAUGAAACAACUAAUAAUACAUGAACAUGAAUACCUGUCUGCAUGCAUCUUAAAAUUACACUAUGGCAAAAUUACAAUAAAGUGUAACA